AUGAUCUCCCGAGGCGAUGCCUUCGAUGCGUCGCCGGCCGGCGCUGCUGCGGGCUCGGCCGCUGCACCCUUGUCUGCCGUCGGGGCUCACGUGCUGGUGUCCCAGCCCGCAAAGCCUUCGGGCCUGGUGCUCCAGAAGAGGCCGAGGGAGUACGCCGGCGUGGACCAGCCAACAUCGGCGGCGAAGAAGAAGAAGGAGGUGCGUGCGUCCUCCGAGACCCAGCUGCCUGCCGUGGCCGUGCCACCUCCGGCACGAAAGGGUAGUAAUGGCUCUCGAGCCUCGGCGGCUGGGUCAUCCUCACGAGAUUUGGAGGCCCGUCCUCAGGAGAAGGUGAUCUCCACAGCCAGGCCAGCUCCGGAGGCUCCCGCCCCUCGCUCGCCUGCUGAGAUCACGAAGGCUCAGGAGCCCCCGAACCUUUCCACUGCUGACUUGAAGGCCUUGGAACCGACACCGCCUCUUCCCAUUGUGCCGCUGGGCCGUGGCCCUCCUGCUUCGCCCGAUGCUCUGGAGGACGCUCUUUCUGCGCUGACCCAGCUUCGCGUCAACCUUCAGAGCGCCGACCGCCGGCUGGCGUCGGGGCGGCUGGAGUUGGCCGUGGCAGCCUCCGAGGAGGGCAAGCAGGCUGCCGACCUAGCCACGGUCGCCCGCGAGGACGCGUCGAAGGAUACCGAGGCUGCCAAGGAGCGUUGUCGGGUGGCUCAGGCCGAGCUGGAGACCCUGCGCAACGAGCGCGCCACCAAGGUCCGUCAGCACGAGGUGCGGGAGGAGAAGCUGAAGGCUCGAGAAGACGCGGUCACCGGCCGUGACACCGAGCUAGAGCAGUCAUCGCGAGCGCAGGCCGCAGAGCGCAAUCGCCUGGAGAAGUUGAAGAAGGAAGUGGAGAGGGAGAAGGCCUUGCUGGAGGCCAAGGCUAACACCCUUGCCAUCGAUCGUGCCGCCUUCGAUUCCCUUGAGGAGAGGUCCCGCAAGGUGUUGCGGGAGCUCUAUGGAAGGGGGUUGAAGAAGCCGUUGGUGACUGCUGAGGAGGGUCGUGCCGAGCUGCUCCCCCAGCUCGCCGAGGGGCUCGAGGGCGUUGCCAACAAGGCCGGCUCUAUGGUGGAAGGGGAAGCCCGUGCGCUCUCCUCUUCGGCCAUGAUGCGCAUCUUUAGCCACCUCCAUCUUCGCGACCCGAGCGCCGACCUUGGAGCCCUGCUUGAGCCUGUGGAUGAAGGACGCUGCGCAGCCGCUGCCGAAGUCAUGAAGGACUUGGUGGAGGCCCUACUGAAGAAGUUCCUCGCCAUUGACCCCGCGCCUCCAGCUGACGGUGUCGCCGACCCUACGGCCACAGCAGAUGGCACGGGCGACGGUGAUGCUACCGACGGGUUGGCACUCCUUGUGGGCGGUGGCUGCGCCCAGGGCUGA